AUGCAAGAGCUUGGAAUACAGGGUAGAGAAGUAAAUAAUCUUGCUGUUUUAAUAUGGACUGAUUCAAUUAACGAUGUAGAUUGGUAUACUUUCUUAAACCUUUGGCAAACAAUCAAUAGAAUACCAUUUUCGAAUGUUUUAUGUAGAAAAUCAUCUCUUACUAGAUGCAUACAGCAAAUAUCUACACAUUUUCCAAAUCUUUAUUCAUUUUAUCCAAAAUCAUUCAUUUUACCAUAUAAACAAUCAGCAUUUUUACGUGCAAAACAGAGUAAGAAUUGUACGUGGAUCAUUAAACCAGAUGGCGGAUCCUUAGGAAACGGAAUUACAAUUCUCAAGCCAGGAUGCGAUUAUCCACCAGAUAACAACCUUGCAGUAGCUCAACAGUACCUUGAAUCAUUCAUCCUAGAUAAAAAGAAGUUCGAUCUAAGGGUUUACGCUUUGGUUGCUAGUAUUGAUCCAUUAGAAAUCUAUGUAUACCGAAAUGGGUUAUCAAGAUUUUGCUCAGAUGAGACAGAUCAAUCUUCGGUUUACUCACAAAUCACAAAUGUUACGCUGAAUAAACAAAACCCAGAAUUUGAUGGGUUUCAAGACAUAUCUAGGUUAAUUUCAGAUACGUUUGAGCGCUUAAAGAACGAAUUUAAUGCAGAUAUUAAUAAAUUAUGGGAAGAAAUCGAUAAUGUUGUUACAUUAACCAUAAUUUCUGGACUUAAGUACAUGAAGACUGGCGUGAAAAGCUAUCUUAAGCCUUCUAUUGUAUCAAGAUGCUUUCAGAUCUUUGGUUUUGAUAUACUUCUUGAUACAAAUCUUCAUCCUCAUGUUAUCGAAGUAAAUUAUCGGCCAAAUCUAGAAUAUCAUAGAGGACCAGAGCGUAGAAUGAAGGUUGGAAUGAUAAAAGAUGCAAUAGCUAUCGCCGCUCCUUUUGAAUCUCUUCAAUCUGCUCUAGAUUACAGAAAACUGGGUUGGAGUAACGAAACAUGGAGAACAUAUCUCAUGAACAACCCAGAACUCAAAGAAUUAAUCAAAAGUUCAAAAGAAAAAGCAAUUCAAUUGUCAAAUUUUGUCAAAGUAUAUCCAACAACCGGAGAACUCAAUAAGACUUACCAGGAUGUAAUCAAAGUUGUCGAAAAUAUGAAGCUUGAAUCAAUUCCAGGUUCAUUCUUGAUUCCUGAGAGAGAUAUGUAA